AUGAUCCACAAGUUGAUUGACGAAGGUGACCUCAAGCAGUACAUACAGAAGGCAAAUAACGAAUAUAGGACUAAGCGAAGCAAGCAAGUUCAAUUGCCAGAGGGUAACCGAACACUCAACAACAUCUCAUGUUCCGAAGCUACAGGACCCUCGCUAACAGCACAGAUAGGAAAGAGAUUGAGAAAACAAUUCGAAGACUACUGUGAAUUAUAUAAAAUCGAUGGGGUAGAAGUGGACGAACACGAGCAAUGGAUGAACGCGCCUAUCACCUUCGACGCAGAAGACAUCGAUGAAGAUAUGGAAGAUCACAACGACCCUUUGGUCCUUACCUUACCAGUAGCAGGAUGCAAUAUCAAAAAGAUCCUCAUUGAUGGAGGCAGUUCAGUUAACGUUUUAUUCUAUAAUACACUCAAGCGAAUGGAUCUUAACGAUGAACAACUGAUGUCUUCGUAUUAUACCAUCUACGGAUUCAAUGGGGCACCUACAAAGCCGUUGGGGGACAUUGUUUUGCAAGUGGAUGCAGGACCAAUGAAAGUAGAUACUCGAUUCAGUGUAGUAGACGCUCCUUCUCCUUAUAACGCCAUCAUUAGCCGAAGAUGGGUGCACAAGCUCAAAAGAGUAGCAGCGACCUAUCAUCAGUAUCUUAGAUUUCCAACACCCGAAGGGGUAAUGGAAAUAAAGGGAGAUCAGGUCACCGCUCGGGAAUGCCAAGCUAUGCAAAACCAUCUCAACAACGAACAAGAUGAGCAGCGGAAAUCUCGAAGAGCCCGAAGCAAAGAGGCCGCGAAAGAGAAGGAAAUUGAUCUUUAUCUCGAAGAAAUUUCUGGAAGGAGCCUGACGAAGGAGAGUAUCGUUCUAAACACUGAGGCAAGUACUUCGAUAGCUAAGGAAGCUGAAGAGCCUACCAAAUAG